CGCUAGCAUGAAACAAUCACAACUUUCCCCAUCGCUUGGACAGUCUGUAUAGUUUCAUUUUAGCAACUGUGUAAUCUGUUGUUGUUUUCUAAAUCCUCUCUACAUAUGAGGCGUUGUUACGUCCAGAUUCGGGACAUCUAACCGUUAGAGGUAAUCAUAAGUGAAAACAAUGAAGAAAACAGAAGGAGCCGGCCCCGGUCCCGGGGACAGGGAAGCUCCCCGCGUCAACGGCUCUGCCCGGAGAGCCGAGCGGCGUCAGCUGGAGAACCAGUCCAGCCCCCCCGGGGGCGGAGAGAACCAGGACCCCAACGACGUGGGUCUCCGGAGGGAAAUACGGAGCAAGUACAGAGACCUCAUCAACUCAGUGCAACAGAACAGGGAGACUAUCCUGAGUCCAUCCAACAACGGGCUGACAGAGGUUUUAGACGAGGCAAAUAAACUUUUUAAAAAUGUUCGGCAGGCGAGAGAAGCCGCCCUCGAUUCCCAGCUCCUGGUUGUGACCACAGACUUGGGAAAGGAGAAAGCCAGUCAGCUGUCCUCUGAGGCCAGCAGUUUUGAUCAUAUUUUAUUUGCUGAGAAUCUUUUGACCUUCAUGGGCCUCAACCGGCUAGAGGAUAGGGAUGAGCCCCAGAAUGGAGUUGAUACUGACGGUUACCUACCCAGAGACGCGUGGCACAGAGUGGCCAAGCACACACAGGGUUGUUUCAGGGCAGCACCCUCUUUCCACUACAUGAUGGGUUCUUUCUACGCGGAGCCGCCUCCUCCAAAGCAGAGGAUAGAGCGACAAAAGAAAGUACCCAGCAAGGAAGUCAAAAGAAUAAUGCCUACUCAGCUGAAGAGAAUGGAAGAAUCCCACCAAGAAGCAACAGAGAAAGAAGUUGAAAGAAUUCUGGGAUAUCUGAAACGAUAUUCCCAAGUUGAUCCAACAUCGGCAAUAUCUUAUUACGAGUUUGUCAUCGACCCCAACUCAUUUUCCAGGACAGUAGAGAACAUUUUCCACACGUCUUUUCUAAUAAGGGAUGGUUUGGCACGGAUGUAUUUGGAUAGUGACAAGCUGCCUUGUAUAGCUCUUGUAGAAGAGGGAGAGGUGGAUGCUGCAGGUUCAUCAAGUCGCAAACAGUGUGUCGUCUCUAUCAGUCCAAAGAAGUGGAGGGAGCUAAUAAAUGUCUUUGAAAUUAAAGACGCGAUAAUUAAACCCCCAGACACACCGAUGGACGAGUGACGGACCACAGUUCCAUGCUGUUGACCUGUCUUCCAAGCAGAGCCGCCGCAAGGGGUGUGCGAACCGUGCGACCGCACGGGGCCUCGCGCUAUGGGCCGUUUUUUUGUUUUUUGUUUUUUUUUCCCAAAAUUUUUUUUUUGUUACAAAAAUCACCGAUCCGACCGGGUCUCAAGCAAUUGGAGAGUUAAAAUUGCGGAUAUAGACACCCAAUCCGACCCGAAAAACCCAAAAAUUUCGAGGGGCCCCCCCGGCCAUUUCGCACAGGGCCUCGCAAAUCUCCCAGGCGGCUCUGCUUCCAAGUAUAUUUAUUUUGGUUUCAUUUGACCAAAGUUUGUUAGUUUUUACAAUUGCCUUGUUUUAUUUUUCAUAGUGAUUUUCUUCGUGAAUACUGUGUACAUAACUAGUGCUUCAAGUCUCCACAAAUAAUCUGUCACUUCAAAAGAAAAAUGUGCCUUAUUGAGCAUUUUAUAUUGUACAAUUUGUAUUUUGUGGUGAUGAGGAGGGACGAUCAUUUGCUGACUUAGUCCUAACCGUUAUUUUAUACACAGCUGGUGACAGUGGGCCACAAACAGUGAUGGCUUUGUUUCAUGUCUCAACAUUGAAUAAAUUGAAACCCGGUGUAGCAUCAUACCUGCAUCUUUUUUUAGACAUUAUCUCAGAUCAUUUGGUUAAAAAGCUGAGAACCUCUGCAGGAGAGUGAAAGCAGAGCAAUGUAAGUAUGUUUUUAUGAUGUUUAUAAUUGUUCAUGUUUUUAUUCCUAAUUAAAAAACUGGAACAAAUGUUCUGUUUGCUCCGUCUCUCCCUGUUCUGUUUUUGAUCUAGAGAUCAAAUUUAUUCGGUUCAGCACACUUGGUAUCAUUGUACACUUAUGACGACGUAUCAGUAUCAUCCUUGCCAUGUCUUGGACAAUUUAAAGGGACAGGCACACUUCA